CAUUCGGACAAAAUUCAGAGUUAUCUCAAGUGAUCCCGUGCAGCCUUCGUGAUCUUACGAGCCUACCUGCAAACCUGACCGCUGACAGCAAUUCGAAUGGAACCGAUCCAGUCCUCAAAUCGUGGUGAUGGAGCUGUACUAUUUGGGAAAACCAGCAGUGCAUUGAAAAUCACCGAGGACAUCUUGUUCAGAUGCUGUUCUUGCACCUAUGUCACAAGAGAUCAGCUUGGAAUUGUGAGCCACCUGUUUGCCCAUGGUGAUGAACAAUUCAAGAGCCAGUGUCCUUCCAUGUCUUCUGGCUCUGGGUCCAAAGUGCUAAGCAGCACUCAAAAGUACAAAAGCAAUAAGCCAUAUAAGUGCAAGCUUUGCCCAAAAUCAUUUGCUCUGAAUUUCUCUCUGAGAAAGCAUAUCUCAACACACACUGGUGAGAAGCCUUUUAAGUGCAAUUUUUGCCCAAAAGCCUUUGUUCAGAAUGCAGAUCUGAGAAGGCAUAAUAGAAUACACACUGGUGAAAAGCCAUUUAAGUGCAAGCUUUGCCCAAAAUCAUUUGCUCUGAAUUUCUCUCUGAGAAAGCAUAUCUCAACACACACUGGUGAGAAGCCUUUUAAGUGCAAGUUUUGCCCAAAAGCCUUUGUUCAGAAUGCAGAUCUGAGAAGGCAUAAUAAAAUACACACUGGUGAAAAGCCAUUUAAGUGCAAGCUUUGCCCAAAAGCCUUUGCUCGGAAUUCAUAUCUGAGAGUCCAUUACCAAACACACACUGGUAAAAAGCCAUUCAAGUGCAAGCUUUGCCCAAAUGCCUUUGCUCGGAAUUCAGAUCUGAGAAGGCAUAAUCAAACACACACUGGUGAAAAGCCACAUAAGUGCAAGCUUUGCCCCCAAGCCUUUGCUCAGAAUGCACAUCUGAGAGUCCAUAGUCAAACGCACACUGGUGAUAAACCAUUUAAGUGCAAGCUUUGCCUAAAAGCUUUUGCUCGGAAUUCAGGUUUGAAACGCCAUACGGCAACCCACACUGCUGAAAAGCCAUUUAAGUGACACAGUUUGUUUACAUCUUCAUUGAGAUGUACAUAUACCUUGUGAAAAAGAAAUCUUAAGGCGUUGCUCAGAUUAAUAGUUAAGCUCGCCUCACUGAAGCGCUUAUGCGCAGUGGGUCUUACAAAGGCCUGUAGCAUCCUGCGUCAUUUUCUAAACGGUCUACGAUCAUCGGGCACAGGCCAACAAUUGAGGUUGACAAACCCCAAGGGCACUCUUAUAAAAACACUGGCAGCAAAUAGCCCUUUCAAAUGCCUCAAUAUCUGGAAAGGUUAAGUUUGAAUUCCAGUAUGGUAGUUUAAAGAGAUUGCGGACACAGAGCUACACUGUCUGGCAUUUUGUUCCCGAGUCUUUCAUUCAAAUGCCACCGUUUGUCAUCACACAAAUGUUUUUGGGAGUAAGGAAUGAUUCCUUGCCAGUUGCAUUCUUGAGGCUGGGCAAUGUAAUGGGAAAAUUUAACGUUUUUUAGGGCAGCUACUCCCUAUGUUCUGCAUCUGAAUGCAAAUUAGGUCAUGUUUUUGCUCUUGUUCCAGUUUCUUUGCACUUACUUGAGGUGUACUCCUUUGAGGUUUUAUCUAUGAUGUUUGAAAAAUGCCUUUUUUUUUAAACCUUUUAUGUGGAAAAAACAAACCUGCAGAACACGAUUAAGGAAAUGUAAAAUUCAGUUUUGUUUUAAAAAAUAAAACAUUGGCAGUUUCAAUUUUGACAAUUGCUUCUUCCAUCAUUUGUGGCUUUGCAUACUAAAGUAAGUGUGAAAGAUCUUUUUCCAAGGUGUUUUUUUUGUGUCCUGUACCGUGCAAAGAUCUUUUUUUACCGUAUGCCUCGAUGGGGGACAUUUCCAAGUGUGUGAUGUCCAGCACCGCUUUCUUCUGCUGAUUAGGACAUCGCUAAUUAAAUAGACCUAAUGCAAAAUUGCUUGGUGGUCUGACAACACUGAGACCAUCUCUAUUUUAAUCUUGGCAAGCGUCGUCGGUACCGAAGCACGGUGGAAGCAUCGAGAGAACCUUUCUGGCAAAGUGUAAUGGCGCAGCAGCUGUGUUUUCCGGUUUACAACUAUGGAAUGUAAACAAACAGUUUAAACAGCCUAACCCAACUCUCUUACAAAACUCGGAGGCCUGUGCAUUUCUGGCAACAGUCUCGUCGGAGCAGUGGAGCAAGUCCUACGCCUUAGCUGUGGAAUCCAGUGGAGCAAGCUUACACAUUGCGUUCGGUGCGGAUGAACGUCUGCGAUUCAAGACACGUAAACUGAGGCCUUUUUGUUUAACACUAAGUAUGUGCAAUGCUUAAUGGUUUGUAAUCUAAUGGGUGCUGGUGUAUUGUAUGUGUGCAGGACGAGCGCUCUGCAUGCAUUUCGUAGCGCCCUCUGACGAGUCAUUGGCUCAAAGGCGUCUCCGACAGCGUCCACGGACUGUUGCGGUAGGUUGUUUAAACUUGUCCACAUUCCUGGUCGUAAGGAAGACCACACAGCUGCCUCGCCAUCUCACACUGCCCCUGCAGCUGUCUCCGAUGCCUCCACCAUGCUUUGGUACCAACGGCACUUGCCAACAUAAAAAUGGCAACGCUCUGAGUGUUGUCAAACCACUACGCAAA